AUGGCGCUAACAGUUAAAGAACUUGCUUCGUUACUCAGUGUUUUAUCUGAAGAUGCUACCCAAGCACAGACGUUUGAAAGUAUAGCAAGCUCCUUCCACCAUUACUUCACCAACAAGCAAGACCAUUUUAAAGUUGGGCAGGCAUUGGUCAUGUUGCUUCAGCAUAGAGACUUACUUCCGCACCCCACCCAGAAACUGGCGGCUGUGUUUCUGCUGUAUGAGAUGUACAAGACGGACCCGGUCGCAGCAAAUCCAUUUGCCACAGUGUUUCUGAAUCUGCUGCAAGACCCAUCUGAAAGAAAAGAGGCCAGUCCCUAUGAUCUGCAGUCAUCCAUACCACCACUGUCGGCCCCAGAGAGGUACUUUCUCUCCAACCUCAUCUCCAGCGCAUCCAAAGAGCUUUUGAAGAAGACACCAGCACAGAUAAUUCAGAUGGACAUUGGGAACAAGCAGCCCUCAGACAUCAGCCAGACCCAACUGUUCAUUGUUCAGAGACAGUCAGAGAUGCCUCACACCAGCAAGACUGCCAUCAGUUGUGUGUUGGCCGAUCCAGAGACAAAACCUACAAGUUUUGAACAGUUUGGAAAACCAAACAUGAUCAACCCAGAUAUUCAGAGAGAUGUGGCAGAAACGUUACUGACUGGCUCGAAAUGUGCAGUGGACAACACGCUUCGGCCAGAGUUCAUCAGAUUGGCUCCACCACUUCACAUUGCAGAAGAUGAGCUUGUAUGGAUGCUUCCCACUGACACAGACUUUAAUGUGGCCUGGGAUACCACCAUGUGUGUCAACACAUCCACGGGUGUUGAAGUCCGCCGUCUCAUGGCCAAAGCUUUCAAGAGUGCGCUGUCACCACCACAGCAACAACAGAUCAAGAAAGAGCUGGACAAGGACAGCAAACUAGUCUACAAUAUUGGACUGUCGCCGGCAAAACUGCCAGAUUUGGUAGAGAACAAUCCACUGGUUGCUAUAGAAGUUUUACUGAAGCUCAUGAACUCAACUCAAAUAACAGACUAUUUUCAGGUGCUUGUAAAUAUGGAGAUGUCUCUUCACUCAAUGGAAGUAGUCAACAGGCUUACAACGCAAGUAGAACUUCCCUCGGAGUUCAUUCACCUGUACAUCUCCAACUGUAUAACCACCUGUGAGACCAUCAAGGAUCGUUACUUCCAGAACCGAUUGGUUCGUCUCACUUGUGUCUUCCUGCAAUCUCUUAUCAGAAAUAGGACUAUAGAUGUCAAGGAUAUUUUUAUAGAAGUUCAAGCUUUCUGCAUUGAAUUCAGUCGAAUACGGGAGGCAGCAGCGCUGUUUCGUCUUCUCAAAUCCUUGGACAAUGAUAAAGAACCAAAUAACACUGGAAGAUAG